UGGCUGUACUAAUGCAGCUGUCAUUCGGAGAAAGCUUGGGAAAAAGCUGAAUGCGCUUGAGGAAACGCUGGAAUAUUGACUUUUUCGACUCACGUUAUUGUUUUUACCAGAAUUACAUUUAAAGUAACCGUUAAACAUGAGGCGAUUCGAUUAAUGUGAAGGAUAUAUUAGUGCCAUUAAACAUUCUUAUUGCUUAGCUAGCUAAACGUCUAGAGAGAACAAGCUAAACUACUCAUAAAACUUGGCACUGUCAUCAAAGGAAGUUUAAUGUUUAUCGCGCGCUGGCGUUAACUUAUUUUGAAGAAACGGGAACCUCCUUUCUCUUUUUCCUCAAAACUAGAAGUGUCGCGCUGGUGCGAAUCAUGUCCGCGUCAGCGACAAACUCCUCUCACCAGCAGCAGCCGCGAGUGCGGCUCAGCAACGCCGCUUCCCCCAACUCAGCCGGCGGCAGCGGCGCCCCCCGGCUGCAGCCCAUCCGCGCCACGGUGCCCUACCAGCUGCUGCGGGCGAGCCAGCACAGCCCGACGUGCCCUCCCUCAUCGCACUCGGUGGCGAGCCGCGGCUCCAGUCCCCCCAGCCCGACACAGCCGCUGUCGAGCCCGGCGGCGAACGGCUCGGCGGAGCCGAGACUAGUAACCAGACAGAGACUGUCACCGGACAACAGGGACUCGCCGGAGCGGAGUCCCAACUCGCCCGUCUGCAGAGCAGAGCGUCAGAAGCCCCAGCAGGUGCGUGGCUCCAGCUCCAUCCGCCGGACCUCGUCCCUCGACACCAUCACGGGGCCCUACCUCACUGGGCAGUGGCCCAGAGAGCCCCACAUGCAGCACCGGCCAUCCUGCAUGAAGGACAAAGCCACGCAGACUCCCGGAGGCUGGAGUGAGGAGGGCGGGGAGAGAAUCCUCCACCAGCGUUCAGCGUCAUGGGGCAGCGCCGACCAGCUCAAAGAGCAGAUCGCAAAGCUGAGGCAGCAGCUUCAGCGCGGCAAGCAGGCUGGCAGGCAGGGGAGGGAGAAGGACCGGCUGUCGCCCCAGCAGAGCGGGACCCAGGGCACCGGGAGCCCGGCUCAGCCUGCGUCGAAGUCGAUCCCAGUGCCGCUCUACAGCUCCUUUGUGACGAAAUCCUCCGUCGUCCGGGUUCCCAACAGCGUCGAAGGCAUAAACCACGAGCUGGAGAGGGUGUUCAUCAAUGACAACGGGGACAAGGAGGAGCUGAAGGUCCUAGAGGUCCCGGACGGGCGGCGUGCCCCCUGCCCCCCCCAGCAGCGCAGCAGCAGCACGCGCAGCAUCGACACCCAGACGCCCUCCAGCCCUUCGCCCUGCCCCUCGCCCCCCUACCAUCCAGGCUUCCGGGAUGGGAGCCCCUGUUCUGCCGAGGACCUGCUGUACGAGCGGGACAAAGACGGUGGGAGUGGGUCCCCUUUGCUCAAGUUUGCCUCUUCUCCCAAGCCAAACAACAGCUACAUGUUCAAGAGAGAGCCCCCAGAGGGCUGUGAAAGGAUCAAGGUGUUCGAGGAAAUGGCGUCUCGCCAGUCAGGCUCCAUUCCUCUCUUCUCAUGCCCUGACAAAAACAAAGUGAACUUCACCCCAACUGGCUCUGCCUUCUGUCCCGUCAAACUCCCAGGCUCCUCUCCUUCGAAUCCUGGACGUGCGCUGGGCCCAAGUCAUGACACUGGAUCUGGCUUUGCCUCGCCAUACUCUAUGAGCGUCGAGUCACUCGCUCCAUCUGUAACUCAGGUCUCUGCUAGCACCAGCACAGAUGAGUCCCCUGAGGGCCCUGCAAUGCCCCCCCCACGCCUCCAGGGGGGGUCAGCUGAUCCUCACUCCUGGCCUCAGAGCUUUAUCAUUAGUUAGUCAUUAGCAGAGCUGGUAUCUGCUUCUCUCACCCACCCAUAGCUGACAGCAAAGCCCUCCCCCCUUUCCGAAGUCGUCCCGGCUGUCUGAUGAUCCCCCACUUUCUGCAUGGAGUACCUACAAUCUUUAGAACAAAAAAAGGCUAGCAUAAUCUAGCACAUCCAUCAAUGAUGUUCUAGCAUAAUCUAGCACAUCCAUCGAUGUUCUAGCAUAAUCUAGCACAUCCAUCAAUGAUGUUUUGGCAGGGAUUGGAAUAAUCUCAUGUUUACUCUGUAAUAAGCAGAUGCUUGCAACUAUGAAAGUGGAAUUAGCGCUUGUCGUUGAACAGUGUUAAAACAGAGUUGUGGAAUAGUGAGUGAGUGAGUGGGUGGGUGGGGGGUGAAUGGGGGGGGAGAGAUAAGCACCUACAACUAGAUUAUUUAAUUUGGUACCUUGAUGUCCUGUGUUGUUUCAAUAUUCACAGUUUGAAUAAGCUGUUUAUCCAAACAAAAAAAAUGCCUGUUAAAACUGAAAGAUCUAUAUUGCUGUGUCAUUUUCAACAAAAAAAAAUUCCCACUGUUUACAGUGAAUCCAGGUUAUGUACGCAAACUUUCUAUAAUGCAAAAAAAAAACGAAAGACAAAGAACACAGACGUGAGGCCUCAUUGUUGCCCAUUGGCCGCUUCAGGUUUCUCACUUCUGUCUAAACUCAGGUGAUUUGGAAUGUACCAUGCAUGGAUUGAUCCCAAUCUGCAAAAUUUUUUUGAAGCAGAGAAAAAAAAAAGCAUCACUGUAUUGCCUUUCCAUUUUGUACAUUGACCUUUUUCCUCAUGACAUUCCAUGUUGUUGGACGUUGUGCUUUCUGCUCCGGGAUUUAUUUCCCGGAACGUGGUGGAAUCCCGGCAACCAGCAGCGCUGGGGAACAGCGUCAGUAUCACAGUAUCGUCAUUGUCCAGUUGUCUGUGGGAGAUCCUUAACGGACAGUACGGACCCUCCCUGCCUUGACUGAUGAGGCGUCGCCAAGUUAUGUUCGGGACGUUUUAGUGUGAGGCUGUACCUGAGAGACACUCCUCGCAUUCCUGGAAAUGGAGUUCUUAGCCCAAACUGCAAAUUAAAACAUUCCGGGCCCUAAAGAGUGGUAUUUGUUACCUGCACUAUUGAUGCGCUUGUGAAAUGGCACAGCGCACAUCCCCGUGCGAUUAUCAGUCACGGAUGUGUUUUAAUGACACCAAAUGCAUUCCAUUUGCAUGUCGCUGUUGCUGAAUGGAAUUAGUAGGAUAUCUGGAAAAUGGUGACAAAUUUGGUUGCCCUGACUCUAACAGCCACGUUCCCACUUGCAUUAGUGGCAUGUGCACCUUUUGGGGUUCAGACCUAGUCAUGGCCUUACAAUAGAUAGUUGAUGCAAUUUUAUCUAGUCCCACUUAUUUUUUUCAAAUGUAUAGCCACUGACUGAGUGUCUAUUUAUAGGCAACCUUUUAUUGUUAUUCUAAAUCUAAAAUUGAAAUAUUUUCAUGAAAAAAUAUGAAAGUCCUGGGCUUUUAAUAAUAAAGACUUACCAUAAAGUAAAGCUCUUAAAAAAAAAAAACCUCAAACACCUUGCUGAAGGGGACAAAUGUAAAGGGAAAAGCAAACUGCGUAUUAUUACCGUAGCGUCUGUCUUUACACAGCCAGUGAAGAGGCUUUCAUACGAGAGACAAACUGGUUGUACAUCCACAGACACGAAUGUUUAGAAAACAGAGGAAACCACACAAAUAGCACAAAUUUCUGUCAUCAUCCACAGUCACUCGAGGUUAGAACCUGCUAUAGUCCCCCAGCCUAGUGUUUGCAGAGAUGAAUGUAGCAGGAUAUGGUAAUGUAAUAAAAUAAAAGCUCAACUAGUUUGUAAAAUAUUGACAUAAGUUAUUUUUCUUAUUCUUCAUUUUUGUAUAUUCAUCUAAGAAGCAUAGUAAAGCACUUUUCUGCAUAGUUACUUGGUAACGAUCAGGCGCCACAUUCAAAGCUGUUUUGCCAGUUGCCACACAUAUUCAAAUUUUGUUUUGUAUUUUAAUAGAGAGCUUUUGUGUCUUCAGUCAAAUAAAGUUUCAACAAAACAAGAAA